UCCUUUUUUUGGUCUUCUCUCUCCAUUCUUGUGCUGUGAGAAUGAACACAUGACCACCUUCUCUUUUCUUUUGCAGCUUAAAGAAAAAAAAAAAACAAAACAAAAUUAUUUAAAGGUGAAGAAUUUAUUAUAUAAUUAUAAAAAAGUAAAAAUUAAAGAUGAGUAAGGUACUGUUUGUUUGUUUGAGAGUUUAUAGAAGCAGUAUUCCAACAUUACAACUUCACCUUUUCUUUUUCUCUGUUUACAUUACAUUUUUCUAUCUUUCUUUAGACCCAAACAGGACAUUAUUCUUUCUUUCCAUCUCCAUCUCUAAUUCUCCUGCUUUAAUUUGUCUGAAUUUCUCUAAAUUUUCAGGCAUUCAAUUCAAUCUAUUUUGUUGCUGUAGAUCCACAAAACCAUUUUUGAAGGCUUUUAAUGUAUGCCCAUUUCUAUGAACACUAUUUUCAGCUAUAUUUUUGUUGAAGUUUGUGUCUUUUAUAUAUGAAGUUUUCUGGAGCUGGUUUUGUGGUUAAAGUUUUUUGGUGAUGGUAUUUGUCAAUCUGAUAUGGAGAGGAUUCCGGAAUUGAAAUCACUCCCAGUUCACUUGUCUUCUGCAAGUGUAAUUGUAGGAAAUAAGAUUAUUUCUGCAAGAGAACAGCUGAAUCGAUCGAAGGGAAGAGAUGUUCAAGACUUGGAUUUUCCUGUGCCCACAAGGCCAUGGAAAGGAAAAACCUCCUUGAAGGAAUCAGAUGAGCUGAUGAUAGAUGUCAUCACUUCGAAUCGUAGUGUUGGUUCUGUGGAUGAUGUGGUUGGCUCGAGUUCCUUUUCGGGUGCUAGCCACCCCCCUGAGCCUGUUGACACUGAUUUGAUGAGACCUGUUUUAGUGCCAAUUGGUGAGAAGAAGGCAGAUGCAGGAUCCCUUGUCAAGAGCUUGUCUGUGAAGGGUCCUUUUAUUGAGGAUCUUUCGAUACAGGUUCCGGCUAAGAAACCGAGCUCAGUUGUUCUGUUUCCUGCUGAAAGCUUGGCAGAAGAGGCAAAUGAGUCGAACUUGAUAUGUUCUCCGUUUAUGGUUCCUCGUGCAUCGCAAAAUGUAGGGGUGUCGCCCCCUCCAGACACGGACGAAAAGGAAUGUGUUUGGGAUGCUUCUUUGCCACCAAGUGGGAAUGUUAGUCCGCUUAGUAGUAUUGAUAGUACUAGUGUAGUCAGAUCUAUGAGCAUUGCUAAUAGUGGUGCAAGCACAUUUAGGAGUGAUGGUCUAAUCAGUGAUGGAAUGUUAAGCCUCGAAAGGAAUUGUGAGAGUACGAAAUGGAGUAUUCGAGGUGGAGACUCGCUUGAAAGUGCGAAAACAAGCAUGAGUCGAGCGAGUGAUAGUAGUGGCCUUAGUGAUGAUAGUAAUUGGAGUAACAUUACAGGAAGUGCUAAUAAGCCACAUAAAGGGAAUGAUCCUAGAUGGAAGGCAAUCCUAGCCAUUAGAGCUCGGGAUGGAAUUUUGGGUAUGAGCCACUUUAGAUUACUCAAGCGGCUUGGAUGUGGUGAUAUUGGGAGUGUUUAUCUGUCUGAGCUGAGUGGAACCCGUUGUUAUUUUGCUAUGAAAGUAAUGGACAAAGCAUCUCUUGCUGCUAGGAAGAAGUUGAAUAGAGCUCAAACAGAACGAGAGAUUUUGCAGCUGCUUGAUCAUCCAUUUUUACCAACUUUGUAUACACAUUUUGAAACCGACAGGUUUUCGUGUUUAGUCAUGGAGUAUUGUCCUGGAGGUGAUCUUCACACUUUAAGGCAACGUCAGCCAGGAAAACAUUUUUCUGAGUAUGCAGCAAGGUUUUAUGCUGCUGAAGUCUUGUUGGCGCUGGAGUAUCUUCACAUGCUUGGAGUUAUCUAUAGAGACUUGAAACCCGAGAAUGUCUUAGUUCGUGAUGACGGGCAUAUAAUGCUUUCUGAUUUUGAUCUAUCCUUGCGAUGCACCGUCUCCCCAACCUUGAUAAAGAAUUCUUUUGAUUCUGGCCCUCCAAAUGCAUUUUGUGUACAACCAGCUUGUAUUGAGCCUACUGCUGUUUGCAUCCAACCAGCUUGUUUUCUUCCUGGAAUCUUCCCUAAAAAGAACAAGAAGAAAAACCGGCCACCUAAAAAUGAACCUGGAAUUCCAUCCAGCACUCUACCUGAGCUUGUGGCCGAGCCUACCCAAGCCCGGUCCAUGUCCUUUGUUGGAACUCAUGAAUACCUAGCCCCAGAAAUCAUCAAGGGAGAAGGCCAUGGAAGCGCUGUUGACUGGUGGACGUUCGGGAUUUUCUUACAUGAGUUACUUUAUGGAAAAACCCCCUUUAAAGGCUCAGGAAAUCGGGCCACUCUCUUCAAUGUUGUCGGACAGCAGCUAAAAUUCCCAGAAUCUCCAGCGACAAGCUAUGCAAGUCGAGAUUUGAUUCGAGGAUUACUGGUAAAAGAGCCACAAAACAGGCUUGGAGUAAAGAGGGGUGCCACAGAAAUCAAGCAGCACCCUUUCUUCGAAGGGGUUAACUGGGCUUUGAUACGCUGCAGCACACCUCCGGAAAUUCCAAGACCCGUGGAGAUGGAGUUCCCCGGUAAGUUUGGUGCAGUCGAUACAACAGGUGUUGGGAGUGUGAGUAAAAGAAUGGCCAAUAACACUGAUAUGAAGGCUGGCGGCGGUAAAUAUUUGGACUUUGAAUUCUUUUAGUGCAAUGUUUACAGGACAAACUUGGGUGUGUCUGUGUGUUAGAGAUCAUUGUAUUGUCCUGUGAGAAAAUUGCAUUACUCAACAUGUUUUGUUAGUGCAUUAUGAGGACCUAGUUAGGAACAUUCCAUUCCAUUCCAAUAUUCCAAUGCCAAUUCUUCUGGAAA